AUGUCCAAUGGCUUUAGGCCCUUUCAACCACAAGAGACUCCAACGUAUAAAGCAAUAACGCUAGAGGAAGCCGUAAGGGUUGAAUUUUUGUCCAAAGUCUUCAACCAACACUCCGCAGCGAAUAUCUCGAGGCACCUGAGUGAUUUUUUCGGCUACAAAAACGAAUUUCCUUCCUAUUUUGUUAGAAUUAUUUCAUACCAAACCGGUGCGGUAUUGGAGGUAGUCUGGAAUAUUAGGCUAAAUGGCAUUGAUCCAAGUCGAGCAACAAUCAUCAUCGCGAUUGAAUUCAGGGAUCAAUUCCCCAUGAAUGAUCUUAAAGCUUUCUUAAGAGUAUCGGAUCCUUCUAAAAUGUGCGUGAAACAGCCCUAUAAUUUGAUAAGCAACGAUGGUAGCAUUCAGUUGGACUCCCUCUAUGCACUUCGUGGGGCCAGUCGGCCGUAUCCUAUUAUAUUAAUUCUUACAACUCUAAAAAAACAAUUCGAGGCGGAAUAUCCUCUGGUAGACAUUCCAGGUCAAGUUGCAUCUAAUGUUCAGAGCUGUACUAUGCCCAAUCCUUCAGCUACCACGCACUCUGAACAAGCGAAACGCCACGCACUUAUCGAAAGCGUCGCUGAAAAGGUCUUCAUCAACCUCAACCAGAAGACAUCCAGCUAUCUUGAUACUCGAAAGCAAUCUCUCAAGUACUUGGAAGAGCUUCGUGUGAAGCGUAAUGAAUUGGAAAAGGCCAAGGCUGAUCUAAUGAAUCAUAAACAGAGGCUCUCGGAGUAUUUACCUAACGCUUGCGAUAUCAGUUCGUUAUUAGAGCAGCUCAAUGGCCAUGAGGAUACGAUCGAGGAGCAUGCCAAGUGCCUCAUACCGGGCAAUGAGCUACAGGCGAGGGUUUUGGAACUUGUUGUGGAUAACCUUGCUCUUGACGAUAUGCUGGGUUUGCUAGAUGAUGGACUGAAGUCCGAGAAACUUUCGUGUGAGGAGUAUGUCAAACUCAUUACUGAUCUCAGUCGUGAACAAUUUCUAGCUCGAUUUGCGUAUCAGAAGAUUCAACCACAAGUCGCCCCGCUCCAGAGCAUGCCGGCUGCGUCUUCGAACCCAAACACGCCCGGAUUCCCCAGCAUGUCACGUCCACCUCAUGAGCCCGCCCCAUCUAUCCCAAGGAGACUUUCUCCUGAGGAACUACUUAAGUUAGAGUUUCCAAACGCGGAAAUAGGAAUCAUUCGGGAUGUUCUUUCUAAUCUAAAUAACGACAUUAAAGCCGCCCAAGCGCAUUUAAAGUCUAUAUUUCAAUAG